AUGAUGAGAAGGUUGAACCUCGCAGGAGCCGUGCUGGCCGCGGCAGCUCUCAUUACACCAUCGCUGGCUGCACAAUCGACCUUCAUUGCCCCUACACAGUCUCUCGCCUUCGGCCUAAGCAUCCCUGACGAUGCCGCCAACGAAGACAUCUACUUCAGCGUUGCCAUGGCCCGCGGGCUGAGCUGGGCUUCGAUCGGGCUUGGUGGACACAAGAUGCCUGGGUCACUCAUGUUCAUGAUAUACCCAUCAGCGUCUGGGGAGAACGUGACGUUCUCACCUCGGCUCGCGACCGAUCAUACAGAGCCAGAGUUCUACCCUAGUCUGGACUUCGAGACGCUGUCCAAUGCCACCGGUUUGAUGAACAAGACGACGUAUGUGUACAGCGCCGUGUGCCACAACUGUCGGUCCUGGCGAGGAGGCUUCCUCGAUGUGAACAGUACCUCGCAGCAAUUCAUCUUCGCCACGGGGCCGGGUGGGACAGUAGGCAGCGACAGCGAGCAGGCGUCGGUGAAGCUUCAUUAUGAGCACGGGGCCUUCAACAUGGAUAUGCUGCAUGCCACUGGCCCUGCUGGCCCUGCGGUGCUGAACGUGGUCACUGCGGACGACAAUGAGGGAGCCACGCUGGUGGGCGAACCCACCGAAGGUAUGAAUGACUGGGUGGCUGUGAUCCAUGCCGUCCUCAUGAUUGGGUGCUUCGUCGGUUUGAUGCCCUUCGGCAUUCUGAUCUUGCGACUUGGCGAGUGGGUAAGAUGGCAUGGAGUCAAUCAAGGCGUUGCGAUGGUGGGUGUAAUUGUAGGCGUGGGGCUGGGCAUCAAGGCUGGCACGCGCUACAACAGGACCAAGAGCUUCAACACCGCCCACCAGGUGAUCGGCAUCAUUGUGUUUAUAUUCAUUCUGGUGCAGUUCACGUUGGGCGUCAUGCACCAUCGGGUCUUUAAGAAGACCCAGACGCCGACCAAGUUCGCACCCAUCCACGUCUGGUUGGGCCGAGCAGUCAUUCUUCUGGGAGUAGCGAAUGGUUUCCUUGGGUUUCCCCUUGCUCUGUCCCCGGGGCACAACUACACGCUGCUUGGGCUCGUCCUUGCCGUCUCUUCGGUCAUCCUGGCACUGCUGGCCAUGAAAAUGGUGUUCCUGAGACGACGUCAGCGCCGCGAGCACGAGAGACGGAUGGAAGGGCCAUCCGGCUAUCACGCCGAGCCGUGGCUGGCACCGGGCCAGCAGCAGCACAGCGACGCGGGCUCGUUUGAGAUGGGGUCGCUGAGGAAGGGUGGCAGUACCACGGUUGUCGAGGCCAGGCCCCCGCCGGCGUACGCGUGA